AUGUGGAGGAACGACCCAUUGUUCAAGUCCUUCUUCCACAAUGUCGGCAUGAUUGACUGCUCCUCAUCCAAAGAGGGUAUUGCGAAUCUCAGAAGAAACCACCAGACUCUCAUCGACGCAGGUGUUGACCUGGACAAGGCCAAUACCUGGCUUGAGAGCGAGGAUGAACUUUUGGCGAAAAUGCCCUGGUUCACAAAGGAGCAUGUAAAGGGAUGGAAGGGCUUGUUCACCACUGACGGCGGAUGGCUCGCUGCGGCCAAGGCCAUCAACGCAAUCGGGCGCUUUCUCAAAAGCCAAGGCGUACAAUUCGGGUUUGGAGGGGCCGGUACUUUCAAGCAACCUCUCUUCGCCGCCCACGGAUCGACAUGUAUUGGCGUUGAGACUGUCGAUGGCACUCAAUAUUAUGCUGAUAGGAUCAUUCUGGCCGCUGGGACGUGGACGCCGUCGCUGGUAGAUGUAGAGGAUCAGUGUAUGUCCAAGGCCUGGGUCUUGGCCCAUAUCCAGUUGACCCCUGAGGAGGCAGCUCAAUACAAGAACAUUCCCGUCGUGUACGAUGGCGAGUACGGAUUCUUCUUUGAGCCCAACGAAGAUGGUAUCGUCAAGAUCUGCGAUGAGUUUCCAGGAUUCACUCACUUCAAGAAACAUCAGCCUUUUGGCGCCGCACAUCCCAAGCUCAUCUCGGUUCCUCGGUCUCACGCCAGCCAUCCCAUCGAUAGCUACCCGGACGCCUCUGAGGCAAGCAUUCGAAAGGCCAUGGGUCGGUUCUUGCCAGAUCUUCGAGACAGGAAGAUCGUAGAUCGUGCCAUGUGUUGGUGUACAGACACUGCUGAUGCCAACCUUCUCAUCUGCGAGCAUCCCAAGUGGAAGAACCUGAUUCUGGCGACGGGAGACAGCGGUCACACCUUCAAACUGCUGCCCAACAUUGGGAAGCAUGUUGUCGAGUUACUGGAAGGUACACUGCCGCAGCAGCUUGCCGAGUCUUGGAGGUGGAGGCCCGGGGGCGACGCGCUCAAGUCUCGACGUGCAGCUCCAGCCAAAGAUCUUGCAGAGAUGCCAGGCUGGAAACUUGAUGCACGACUGUAA